CGGAGCGGUAAGAGAGAGAGAGAGCACUCUGACUCUGGUUCUGGAGUCUGCUAAUACGGAUAUCCCAGGUGGGCGAGGUGUCGCCAGAAGCCUUACGGGCGUUAUCACAGGUGAAUCGCCCGUGGAACGAGAUUGCCGGGCCUGGCGUCUAUCACACUCUGACUAUCCGCCUCCAACACGGCGAGCCUGAGCCUCAGCGAGUGCUGCAGCUGCUGGAAGCCCACCUCGUGCUGCCGCAUGUCCGACGGGUGAUUCUCAUUACGCGAGAACUCGGUGAUGGAAGGAAAGGCGCGACUCGAGAAGCGUGCGGCAAGGAGGAGAGACUGCAACGAUACCUGGACCAGACGCCUGCCGAGGAUAUCAUCAUCCCUCGAUUGGGUGUCUGGCGAGGGGAUUGGACCGCUAUUGUCCUCCUCGUGCAGCUGAUGGCAGCGCUGCAGCAGUUGGAGAUCCUGGUCCAUGGGAACUACCCGCCAGCGCUGUUGGAUGCCGUCGCCGAGACUCAUCCACGGUGCCGCGUGUCGGUGUUCCCCCUUUGCUCCUUUUCUUCCGAGAAGGAGGAUCUCUCGCGCCGGGAAUGGGUGCAGUCUCCCGUGCUGCACGCCGUCCAGAUCAUCUGCUAUGAGAACCACCACCAGGGGAUCUACACCGAGCAUCCUGACCGCGUGCUGCGGGAUCUGCUAUACCAAUCGCCGCACAUCAAGCGGCUUGCGUUGCAGAUCAGCUCCAAGUAUACGACCAGCUCCUGCCAUGCUUACGCCCGCUGGCUGCAGGCCCGGCCGCGGGAGAGGGAGGAGGUCGAUCUUGAUCCCACCCGGCGCGCGAGACUAGAGGUCCUUUCGUUGCCGUUGAUCACCAAGAUCACCGCCAGCCAGUUCCUCGCGUGGUCCCGGGUCACCGACUUGGGCUGUCUCACUGCAUGGACGGCCGGGGCCGUCGAGGACGUGUCGCUGAUGACGACCAUCGCAGAUCUGAAGCCCUUCCGGGCUCUCGAACGGCUGACGCUGGCCCUGUACCCGCCGGAGAACUCUUCGGCCUGGUUACCAGCAGUCGAAGCCAUGUUUGAUGCGCUUCCGCCGCUGGGUUACCUCUGUCUGCUGGGGACGUACGAUCCGGCGAUGCUCCCUGUCGCGGUGCUGGACCGUCAUGGCGCGACGCUGGCCGAGCUGAAGCUGCACCGCCCCAAGCCACAAUACAUGGAGUACGAGAGCUUCCGACUGGCAAACAAGGGAGGCCAGAUCUCCCCCAUCUUCCCUGCAGACGUGAUUGCGCGCAUGGCGGCCCGGUGUCCCUCGCUGCACACGCUGCGACUCUGUGUGCAACGGUACCGGGGCCACCCGGUCGAGACGGCCGCGUACGAAGCCCUGGGCCUGUUCCCAGCGCUGCGGACGCUGCAUCUUGUGCUCAACUGUCUGCCCGUGGUGCAGGGCGACGGGAGACCCUUCCCGCCGCGCGAGCUGAGCGCGUACGAGCUUGAGACGCUGCCGAGCCCGUGGCAGGGGGUGCACAAGUGGAAGAUCCGCGACUGCGCCAUCAACAGUGCCUUUGACGAGCCGCUGGCCGUGGCCAUCUUCAUGCGCAUCCAGACGGCCCGGCGGCCGAGGGGCCCGCUGCGGCUGCUCCGCCUGCACCCGCUGGCGGGCCAAUGGAGCCAGUAUGAGGCGCCGACGGGCAUCACUCCGUAUGCGCGCCUUGGGGGCGGGGAGAUUCACUACGAUAUGGCCGGCCAGUGGGAGGUCGAGUGUGAGGCGGAUGGCCGACUGAGGGCGGACAAUCGGAGGAAACCCCGUGGCAAAGGAGAGCGUUUGAUGCGCCACGCAGACGUGGACAUCUUCCAGUCGAUCUGGCCGUCGACGGGAAGCAAGAUCUGGCCUUUGGAGUGGCAGAGCUGGCCUCUGAGUGUGCGUGAUACUUGAGGGCUGCUCAAUGGUGGUGAUUCUAUCUGAUUAUACUAUAGACAUUAAUUAAAUAAUACUAUGAGGCAUUAUCAGAAUUUAAUAUAAGUC